GGGGCUAAGCGGGACGGCGACAAAGAGAUCGCCGAGUUCAUCGACAAGCUGGGCACCACGCUGCGCCCCGAGAAGGUGCCGCGGGACCUGCGCAAGUGCUGCUUCUGCCACGAGGAGGGCGACGGGGCGACGGACGGCCCGGCCCGCCUGCUCAACCUCGACCUGGACCUCUGGGUCCACCUGAACUGCGCUCUGUGGUCCACCGAGGUGUACGAGACGCAGGGAGGGGCCCUGAUCAACGUGGAGGUGGCCCUGCACCGCGGGCUGCUCACCAAGUGCUCCCUGUGCCAGAAAACCGGAGCCACCAACAGCUGCAACCGCAUCCGCUGCCCCAGCGUCUACCACUUCGCCUGCGCCAUCCGCGCCAAGUGCAUGUUCUUCAAGGACAAGACCAUGCUGUGCCCCCUGCACAAGCUGAAGGGGCCCUGCGAGCAGGAGCUGAGCACCUUCACCGUCUUCCGGCGCGUCUACAUCGAGCGGGACGAGGUGAAGCAGAUCGCCAGCAUCAUCCAGCGCGGCGAGCGGCUGCACAUGUUCCGAGUGGGCGGCUUGGUCUUCCACGCCAUCGGGCAGCUGCUGCCCCAUCAGAUGGCCGAUUUUCACAGCGUCACCGCCCUCUACCCGGUGGGCUACGAGGCCACGCGCAUCUACUGGAGCCUGCGCACCAACAACCGCCGCUGCUGCUACCGCUGCACCAUCUGCGAGAACAACGGGCGGCCCGAGUUUGUGGUGCAGGUCAUCGAGCAGGGCCUGGAGGAUUUGGUCUUCUCCGACUCCUCGCCGCAGGCUGUCUGGAACCGGAUCAUCGAGCCGGUGGCGAUGAUGAGGAAGGAGGCAGACAUGCUGAGGCUUUUCCCUGAGUAUCUGAAGGGCGAGGAGCUCUUCGGCCUCACGGUGCACGCGGUGCUGCGCAUCGCCGAGUCGCUGCCCGGUGUGGAGAGCUGCCAGAAUUACCUGUUCCGUUACGGUCGCCAUCCGCUCAUGGAGCUGCCGCUGAUGAUCAACCCCACCGGCUGCGCCCGCGCCGAGCCCAAAAUCCUCACCCACUACAAACGGCCGCACACCCUGAACAGCACAAGCAUGUCCAAGGCUUACCAGAGCACGUUCACGGGCGAAACCAACACGCCGUACAGCAAACAGUUUGUGCACUCCAAGUCCUCCCAGUACCGCCGCCUCAAGACGGAGUGGAAGAACAACGUGUACCUGGCACGGUCCCGCAUCCAAGGCCUGGGGCUCUACGCCGCCAAGGACAUCGAGAAGCACACCAUGGUCAUCGAGUACAUCGGCACCAUCAUCCGCAACGAGGUGGCCAACCGGCGGGAGAAGAUCUACGAGGAGCAGGUGGGGGUCUGGUGGGGCACGGGGGGUGAUG